CAAUCACACGUGUCAGCACCGCUAAGACUUUUAUUCGCCUUUUCAGCUACAUUUUCUCAGUUUUGGAACUUGCAGUUUUUCAAGGCCAUAGUUCCACCAAUUUGUAUCAGUGAGAAACUGACUGGGAUCCAUGUUCAUAUGCUUAAUUUUCUCCCAGCCAUCUACCUACUUGUUCUUGUCAUCCUAUCCUGUAUUCUCAUUGAGCUGCAUGCAAGAAACUUCGCAAUUGUUAGAAUUCUGUGGAAGCCUUUAAAUUUCAUUCUCAGUAAAACUAACAUCAAAAUAGAGACGACUGAUGCUGUGUUUCAUGCCACUGCAUCGUUAAUCUUACUGUCAAAUAUUUCUGUGUUAUCAGCAACAAGUCAACUGAUAGAUUCAACUAACAUAUAUAACUCGACUGGUGUUUUUCACAAGAAAAUCUUUUUUAUUGAUCCAACAAUGGACUGGUCCAGCCGCAAAUCUAUCCCAUACCUACUCAUCACAGUAGUUAUUUUUAUCUUGUUUACGCUGAUUCCGUCCCUCCUUCUCUGCAUAUACCCAACAAGGGUGUACCGAUAUCUGUCAAGGUUUCUGAGUGCCAGGAAGCGACUGGCCAUCACAGCAUUUGCUGAGGCUCUCCACAGUUGUUUCAAAGAUGGUUUGAAUGGAACUCGUGACUACAGAGCACUGGCUGGAGGGACAGUUUAUGUUGCUUUGCUUUCCUCUCUAAUAAGCAGGUGUUUCCGAUAUAUUUUUGAUUCCGGCAGUGUCUCUGAAUUCGUUGAAACAAUGGUGUGGAUGACACUAGCUUGUGUAGUCACAUAUUUGAAGCCUUGCAAAUCAGCAGUUGCAAACUUGUCUCUUGGUUUUCACAUGAUUCUGUUUGGGAUUCUCAUUUCUGCAAUUAACCUG